AUGGCGCUAGCCCACAGGGAGGAGGAAGAGGUGUGGAAGGUGAGGGCCGGUGAUCCAACGCUGCGUGUCGGUGCCGGUGCUGCAGGCCGUGGGCGCUUCAUGGCGGCAGUGGAAGAAGGGGAAGAAGAGGUGAUCCCCCGCUACGCUCAGCAGCUAAGGGAGCGCAUGCUGCCUGACAUGAUCACGCUUGGCAGCCUUUCACUGGAACAGGAACCCCAGGCCCAGUCACACAGAGACUGUGACCAACAGGAGAGGAUAUUGCAAGACAGGCUGUAUGCAGCGUUCCAACGCGCAGAGAGCCAGUUGCUGAAGGCGCUGAGGGAGCGCAAAGGUGAAGUGAUCGCCAAAUACGGCGAGAUGACAGAAGCCUCCUCCGCAGCAGAAUCACCGUGGGCCAGGGAGCCAGGCCUCGGCUGGCAGGUGGAGUGGUCGCAGAGUCCCCAGCCCAUGGAAGUGCGUGUGCGCUGCCUACGGGCAGUCAGGGACAAGCUGCCCAGGGGCCUUUACAGCCUCAGUGUGGCCCUCCACAGCCGUCUGGGAGGCCCCGCCCUCACCUGGUCCUGUCUGAAGGAGGAGCAGUGGGCUGGGACCACAGAGCCCGUGGAGCACGGGGGCCACUUCUACGACACAGAGCUGUACGUCAACCAGAGCCUGUUCACUAUCCUGCCUGCGUCGUGUGACAUGCUGCCCUCCAUGGUCCUGCUGUUCAGGCUGCUGGGCCUGGCGGGGGAGCGGAGCCAGGUCGGCACCACACUGGGCUGGGCCGCCUUCCCUGUCUGCCACGCCACCCUCACAACUGUCCAGGGGCGCUUCAAGACCCCCAUCCUCAGGGGGCUCCCGCACCCCCACCUCGACCAGUUCCGCAAGAUAGAAGGCCUUAUGUCAGCCGACCUGGACAACUGGCUGUGUAACCUGUACUUCCAGGUGAGGAAGCUCCCCAGUGGCAGCUCCAGAGGGGAUGAGGAGCACAGUGUCACCCUGCAGAUCCCUCCUCUCCUCGUCCCCCCUUCACCCCCCCAGGCAGGCCCAAGCGGCACCAGCCCCAGCCGGGGGAGAGGCGGCAUCAAGCCGUGUCACCGGGGGUCCCCUCUCCACCUGUCUGCCUCACACUCCUCCUCUGCCUGCUCCUCCUCCACUCUGCCAGGGAAGAACUCCACAGUAGUGGUCCCUGAGAAAAUAGAGGAGAUGAGAGAUCACAACACAGAGAAAGCAGAGACAUGGAUGCACUACAAGAAGAAGCCAAUCAACAAGAUAAAUAGCUCGAGCGCCCAUGUGAGAGGGAGCGCCGCACCUCCACCGCUUCUGCAGGGCCAGGCUGACAAACAGGAGACAGCAGCUCCGGCUGCAGCAUCAUCGGAGAAGAGGGAGAAUCUCUGGGCUAAGGAGAUGGAGGAGUAUACGUUCUCCCUACAGCCUGUGCUCUCCUACAGAGGGCCGGGCGGUGGCGGCACCGGCAGUGGUAGCAAUGGUGGGGCUGCUGAGCGUACACAUUUGGCUCUCCGCAUGAUCCCGUCAGAGCUGGGCCUGUCACCGCGGCGCUGGGGCUGGCGCUCCUCCUCAGCAGCAGCAGCAGCAGCACAGCUCUGCCUCAUUAUGCCGCUCCUGGCUUUGAUCUGGUUUGCAAGGCUCUACCUGCAUUACUGCAGCCAGUGGCUCUUCCUCCAGGCCAUCGCAGUUCCUGUCAACAAAUUCCAGUUCCAUGCUCACACCGUGGAGCUGGUCUACCAGAAUUCCUUGCUUCAUACCCGCGAGGAGUUGGCUAUGGUCGUGGUGGGACCUCUGACCUUGAACGCCGUAACGUUGCUGCUGCUCCUGAUCAGAUGGGGCUGUCAGCUAGCGUUUGGCUCACUCCCCUCCUUCACGUCAAACUUUAUCAUGGCUUUGGGAGUGUGGACAGUGCUGGACCCGCUGGCGGUCUUUGUAGUGGAUGCCGUCCUGGGGCGUCUGUCCUACAGUGCAGAGUCUCCUGUUGCGGAUGCAGCCAAGCUCUACUGGCACUUCUACCGGACCGACCAAUCAGGGGCAGCUGGAGUGGUCAUCACCCUCUUCCUCUAUGCCAUCCUCUUCCUCCUCUCCACCACCAUCCUCUACCUCUACUUCCUCAGACUCCACAACGAGGGGCGCAUGCUGGACAUCUUCCAGCGUCUCAGCGUGACCGAGGGAUCCUUCUUCGUUCCCCGGGACUUGGAGGUGUCCAACCAGGAACUAGACUACAUCAUCCAGAAGGCCGAGCAGUGGAGGGGCUUCAACGGAGAAAGACGCAAGGUGUCAGUGUAUGACUACAUCUGGACAGAGGAGGGCCCCUUGGCGGGCUGUGCCCCCCCCAGGGGUGACCCUCAUGGGGCCGUGCCCGCCGCAGGGGGCGAGAGCAGUACCCACGUGUCUGUCUACACCCUCUACCUGAGCGGGCAGCACCACCGUUACAGGCACUUUCUACGCCAGCCGGACGGUGCCAUCCUAGAGGUGAUUGGUGACAUGGAUGGGGCAGAGCCACCUCUCAGCACUAUGCCCCGCCCAGGUCAGAGGACACCAGAGGUGAACCAGGAAGACGAAGGGACAAGCUCCACCCUCCAACUCAGGGAGAGGAAAAGGAGGAAGCCUGUUUGGCGUACUCAUCGCGUCGAGCCAGUAGGAGACAGUGGGCAUGGCUCGAGAUGCACUGCAAGGCCUUAGCCACUAAUGUCACUGUGAAGUGAAACAAAGCAGGAGAGGACACCCAGAAACCUCGACCUGUGUGGCGUGAAGGCGGAAAAAAACACAACAAACAAGACAAAUGGGUAUUUAUUUGACUAAAAUAACGCCUUGGCCAUAAAGAGAAAUGAGGAAUGAUGUGUCAUAUUUGUGCUCUGGUUAAAAGAUGACUUGUUUCAUUGGACAUUGAAAUUUCAUGAAUAUAUUUCCAAAUGCCUGGAAAAAGAGAAUUCAUCAUUAAGUUUGUGCGGGCUAUAAUGUCACGUUAGGGAUUAUUCAAUUUCCUAAUGUAUUGUGCAUGUCACUAUGGCUAGUGAUGCAUACCUUCCUGGGCCCCUUGAGAGGGAAGGUGUGGGGUGUACAUUACUGGUUGGCAAAGAUGGAUGCCAGAGUUUUGGGCCUCAUCAUAAAACUACUUAAGACAUAAAACUACUCCUCUUCCUAACUAUGUUGACCUCAACAUUUCUUCAACUUAGAUUGUCUCCCUAAAUAUUACUGUUCUUAACCACGACUUUCCCAACUAGGACUUUUCUGUUUGCGGAGAACGGCCGCUGGAUCCUAAUGGCUGAAAGUCUUCAGCACAGAGUCAUCUGGAGAGACAAGGCACAGCGGCUCCUUAGAUGAUUAAAAAGUAAUUUUCUUAACUGUCCUCAUAGGAUUUGUAAAAAAAUAAAUGUUCAAAAAUAACAUUAAAUUGCUCCAAUCAAGCAUA